GUUUAUGUGUGGAAAAGCGACAGGAGGUAUGAGGAAUACUCCGCGGCUAACGAUAGCAACGUGCAUAAAUAGGGAUUUAUUUCACUUUUGGUCUUCUCUGACACUCUGGAGGUCUACCAAAAGCUGCAAGAGGACAUAAUUUCGGCUAAAGCCCUCGGUUAUUCUGUUACACUCCAACCGAGGCGAGCAGCGAGAACGAGAGACCCCCGCUAAUCCCGAGAAGAGGGGAAGCGGCCUGCUUUUGUAGCCGGCUUCCCGGUGCAGCUCAGACGGCGAGCACUGUCACCAGAGCCCGGUGCUUCCGCUGGUUUAUUUUUCUUUACACCGACAAAAGCGCCGUUGGGUGGAAAUUAUUUUUGUUUUAAUAACCACAACGUCUCCAUCGCCAAUUUCCCUUCAUAUCGACGUGCUGCUGUCGGUAUUAGUCGCCCAGGAGGAGCGUUUGAAGCCGGGGCGGCCUGUUUUGUUUUCGAGCCGCCUUGAAUCUCCGCGAACAAUAACACAACCAUAACGAGCCUGCUGGGGCUGCACUGCCGAGCCAAAUAGGAGACACGGCAGCCUCGGUGUGAGAUAAUAAAUGCAUUGUGUGACACCAGCGCUGGACGGACGUGAAGACCCGGGACGAGCAUGCAUGUGGACUAUGGAAUUAUCGGAGGGAAACCACUGCAAACCGGAGCACUUUGUCACGAAAGCCCCUGUUUGAAUUUCGGAGCUGCUGCUGCUAGCUAACCAGCUGUAAAUAACGUUAAAAGGCCACUGACGGAGGAAAGAGCGCCACACGAUGCUUUGUCUAAUCAUAACUCACGGAUUGUAUGGAUUCACACAGAACCGACUUGGGUGAAUAUAUAUGCAUGCACGGCCUGCUUGUCAAUGCACUUGUAAUCUUCCCGAUCAAACGCAGCAGUGCAUUCAGAGCUGGGACAUCACAUUGAGGAUGGAUUGGAUGUGACUUGGGAUGAGUAACCUCGAUUGCUCCCUGCGCAGACUGCUAUAUAUGUGGGAUUUACCGACGGGGAACUGAAGCAGUUGUAUCCACCUAUGCUCUCCUCAAAGCCACCAGACUCCGUUGAAAAAAACAGUGAUUUUACCGGACAGAACCCAGGAGUUGCUGGUCUACCGCCGCCGCCAUCGUUUAGUUUGUAUGUGUUUUUGUGUGACUUUGGUGUUUUAACGUAUUAAUACAUCUUAACGGACCGCACCGGACGGGAGCCCCGGGACAGGCAGCUGAGAUGAACCCGGUGAAUGCGACCUCUCUCUACGUGUCCGCGAGCCGUUCGGUGCUGCAGUGCGACCCCCGAGACCCCCGGGCCCUUGCGGAGCUCUGCAAGCUGCUACCGUUUUUCCGUCAGUCCUUGUCCUGCUUGGUUUGCGGUAACUUGCUGCAGGACCCCAUCGCCCCCACCGACUCAUCAUGUCAGCAUUAUGUCUGUCGAGGCUGUAAGGGUCAGAGGAUGCAGCUGAAGCCAUCCUGUAGUUGGUGUAAGGACUAUUCCCGCUUUGAGGAAAACAGGCAGCUCUCCUUGCUUGUCCACUGUUACAGGAAGCUCUGCCUCUACAUUACCCAGUCGCCGCUCGCUCCACACAUAGCCAGCGCAGCAAGCGACUCACCAGACCUCCAGGCCAUCCUCAACGAGGGCCUCACUCUGGCUGAGAGCGAGCCAGAGGCGGAGGACAUUUCAGAUUCAGUCAGCCUGUCGCAGACGGCCUCCUCCUCCGAUGUGGUCCAGCCUGAUGAAGCUCCACUUACAAAGGAUCUCAAGGUGGAGGAACCGAGCCCUGUCAGCGUAAACGGGCUGCACGAUUGUAACGGCCUGGUCAGUUCGGACACACUGCAACCCAUCACCAUAGAAACAAGUGGAGGUGUUGCAAAGCAGGAGAGUUUCUCAGAGGAGAUCCCAGUGUGUGUGAGCGUCACAGGGACUGGGGAGGCGGAACUUUGUGACAUCAGCACCUUUGGGGAUGACCUGAAACAUGGCGGGGGGUCAUUGUUGUUGAGUGUUGAGGAAGUGCUCAGGACUCUGGAGACAGACACUGACCCUGACCCCAACCCCCAGCCAGACUGCCCCCCCUCUGUACCUCAGUCCAGCCUCAACGGGCCUCACUGCCCUGGCCCUGACUCCUCCCGCCUCAUCCCCUCCCUCCCACGAGGGAACAGCCCUCGCCCACUCCAACCUCACCCGCAGCCUUCACUGCAACCUCCCCCUCAGCCCUCCACUGUCAUCCCCUGUGUCCCCCCUCGGUACCACCGCAAACGCUCCCGCUCAGAAAGCGACAGUGAAAAGGUGCAGCCCCUUCCCAUCUCCAGCCUCUUGCGAGGUCCUCCCCUCGGUGCCAACAGCUCCCCCCAUCACCCUAACCCCGGUGCUACCACCAAACAGGAGCCCAAGUUCCCACAAGCCUCGCCCCACCCACACCUGGCCCCUGUGCCUAACGGUGGCCCCCCCAAGGUGGGCAAGACUGUGCUCGUCCCCAACAAGGCGUUGAAAAAGACAGUGGAGCACCAUGGGGGCCCCAAGAAGGCUUACACCAAGGCCAGGCAGGGGGCCCCCAAGCCCCGUGCACAACCCCGUGACAGAGUACCCCCACACCCCCAUGCUCACCCCCUGACACACCCACCCAGCCCCUCGAAGCCACUGUAUAAGAAGCCUGUGGAGAAGAAGGGCUGCAAGUGCGGCCGAGCCACACAGAACCCCUCUGUGUUGACCUGUAGGGGGCAGCGCUGCCCUUGCUACUCCAACCGCAAGGCGUGUUUGGACUGUAUCUGCCGUGGCUGCCAGAACUCCUACAUGGCCAAUGGAGAGAAGAAGCUGGAGGCCUUCGCUGUGCCAGAGAAAGCUCUGGAACAGACUCGUCUUACGCUGGGCAUCAACCUCACCAGUAUCACCGCAGCAGCCCUCCGUAGCCCGGCCACCAGCUCACCCGGCAACACCCUUCUCAACGUCACCACGGCUACAGGGGCACCUGUCACGGCCACCUUCCUAUCGGGGGCCGGGCACGACAACAGGGGCUUUGACGAUUCACUGGAGAUGCGGUUUGACUGCUGAGGUCUCGCCCCUCCUCCAGUCAGUCACAUUCCCCGCCCCGCCAGCUGGGCGUUAUCCAUCUGGGCGUGCCAGGGACCUGCAGUGGCGGAGCCAGAACAAGGCAGCUACAGUGACAGGCGAUAGGGAGGGUCACCAGCUGAAGCUGAGGAGCCGCCCUCUACCCAUCGCCCGAAACUGCACCAUGCUUGUGGUCUUGCAUACAGAUACAGUGUGAAGAAGAAAGAGGAGAUGUAGCGUUACUGUAUGUUCAGAGAUUUCCUUUCAGUGCGGAUAGUUUUUGUUUUCUUCUCUACUAUGGGAAAUGUGUAGAGCAUGUUGUGUAGCUAAGUUGGGAGUGUUGACCGCGGUCGCACGCCGUUGUGUGUGUGUGUGCGUGUGUGCGGGCGAGCAUGUGAGUGUGUAUGUUUGAGGGGAAGGGUUUGGCUUAGAGAUGAACUGUAUUAGCAGGAACAGAGACAUUAUCAUCAUCAUCAUCAUCAUCAUCAUCAUCAUCAUCAGAGACUGGUGUAAUUUAUAUAAAAGAAAACUUUUUGUACAUGGACGUUUCAGUUUCCAUUUAAGAAGACGUUUUAUGAUAUAUUUUAUAAGUUACAUUAAAAACCAAUGGAAGAUGGUGCAGGGGCAGAGCUGCAUUCAACCAGAAUAUUUUCACACAGGUAGAUUGUAUUUUGUCAAUUCUGCUCCACCACUAGAAAUAACAGAAAAAGUCUCUUGAAGAACACAACCUCAAAAUAAUGCUAAAAACAUUUACAAUAAUAACAUUUUUGAUAACUUUGACUGCAAGAAGCAGGAUGUGAAUUUAACGCCACCAGCCAAAUGUAAGUUUCAGUUUUGUCUGUUGAAUGUUUAUACUCUGUGAGCCACUGUCAGACACCCACACAUUAUUCUAAGAUGUUAUUGUAUACUAAAAACGUAUAUAAAACUGAUAGGAUGGUGAAUUUAGAGGUCAACCAACCAUUGUGGCUGGUGGAGGACAGAACUUCUGUCCCUGGUUUACUGUUGGAUUAUCAAGGAUGUAAGUUAACCUGUUUAAUCAUUUGUGUGUUCUUGUAUUCAGCACUUUUUCCACACACAUUUUAAAACCACCACAUUUCUGAUCUGUCCUUGCUUGUGUUAAAGACUCUGGUUGAUUGCAGGCCCCGCACGUUGUUAUUCACAAGUUUUUGGUUUCUGGAAGCUACACACUUGCUGCUAAAUACCACAAAGGACUCUAGAAGGAGAGCACACUUGUUUUCCUCGUCUUUUGUUUUGUUUUGUUUUGUUUUUUUAUUUUAAUAAGUUGCGUUAACAUUUGCAGUAUUUAUUGGACGUCUCCUAACAUAGGUUAAGUGUGGGGCGGCGGUUUCGCCCACUCUGCCUGUUGAGUCUGUCGAUCCGGUCGGGACUGUUCCUGUCUCAGUUAAGUUGCUGUCUCCUUCUUAGUGUUAGUCUCUAAAACAGUUUUUGUUCUCCCUCGGGGCAUUUAAAUACCUGUAAUAUAACUGUAACAUAUUUCCACAAAAAAGAAAGAAAAUCAAAAACUUA